AUGGACCCCCCACCACCACCAUCCUCCUCCUCUACCACCACUCACCCCUCAACAACACCAACCACCUUCCCAUCAACCAGCUUCCUCCCUCCCCCCUCCAGCAUCCCCCGCCCCCCAUCCAUAGUCCAACCCCCACCCCGCACCUUCACCCACCCCCCCUUCACCAUGACAACACUCAAAGCCCCCAUCCUGAAAUCCACCCCCAUCGACCUCCUCCAGUCCCGCCUCGGCAUCCCCAUCCCCGAAAUGAUCUUCGGCGACAACCACCUCACCCUCCACCACACCCCCACCGCCUACACCCUCACCUUCACCCCCGAACCAGCCCUGGACCUAGUAGACAAAACCGGCUCCACCGGCCUCCUCAAAGUCCACUAUGCCACCGCCUGGUCAGCCACACGAGAGAAAACCUCUGCUGGAAUCAAAGAGGUGGUCAAGCCCUUCGAUUGGAGUUACACCACCUCCUACCGCGGAACCGAAACCCCCGGUUUGGGAGGACAAAAGUUGCAAAGGGAUGACAAGGCGAGGAUACCAGUCGAGCUGUUACAGAGACGAGACCCGAUAUUGUUCGCUGAUGAGGUUGUGCUCUACGAGAGCGAGCUGGAUGAUAACGGGGUCAGCGUCUUGACUGUUAAAGUCAGGGUGAUGGAGCAGAGGAUGUUGGUGCUCUGCAGGUUUUUUCUGAGGUUGGAUAAUGUUUUGGUUAGGGUGAGGGAUACGAGGGUUUAUGUUGAUUUUGGGGAGGAGAGGGUUGUCAGGGAGUAUACGGCUCGGGAGGGUGAGUUUGCGGAGGUGAAGAAGAAAUUAUACAUGGAGGGUCUGAUGCCUGAUCAAAUCACCAUUGCGUUCAGGGAUGCAAACCAGAUUGCGCAUUUGCUCCCCGUGGUGGAGCAUGAGGUUGAGAGUGUUUGUCUCGAGGGUGAGACGGGGCAGACACAGGAAGGUAGGUGA